AUGUCCCUUCAUUCUUUGCUUCCUUCCUUUCGAAGACAACAACUUGUGUUGGACUUCUCUGCUCUGAGAGGACAUUGUCCAGACGGGCUUUAUGUUUCACUUACUCCUGGCGACCCUUGUGUCUGGGCCGCUGUCAUCUUCGUCCGCAAAGGACCGUACGCAGGAGCGAUUCUUCGCUUCCAGAUCUCUUUUCCAGACACCUAUCCCGAUCUGCCUCCGCUCAUCACCUUUUCGACUGAUAUCUUCCAUCCUCUGAUCGUGCCUUUGACUACAUACACCUUUAGUGCCAGUAGUCUUGAUGCAUCAGGCACUGUCAGCGCCUCAGAUGGAUAUCGCCUGCCCCCAGGAACAUUCAGUUUGCGCUAUGGAUUUCCUCAGUGGUUCACAACAAGCACUUCGUCAGAAGGCAGCUCUUUAAAUGCAAUCAAGCAGGGAGACUCACAUCCUUUGGUUCAUCGCAGUUCGACUUCUGACGGAAAGGCUGCCUCCGAGAGUCCUCAGAUUGAUCCACGACCUCAAAAUCGCGGCUUGAUCAUUUUGAACUUGCUUCAACACGUACAAGAUGCUUUCGAAGACGAAGGGUUGCUGGACAGACUCCCUCUGGAAACUGUUGGAGACCCCAGUGCGUGGCACGCAUGGCGCGCACACCGUGGACGCGUGGAGCGGCCUGUCGAGUCCCUGACGCCUGCAACCGAAGGCAAAGAUGCCGCUCCAUCAUCGCCAAAAAAUCCCGGAGAAUGGAAGUGGGACGGUGUCUGGGAGUCACGCGUGAGGAACGGUAUCGAAGCCAGCAUAAGUGAAGCAACCCUGUUUGGUAGCACUGCCGGUACUCGAGCUGGGCCUGCGGCGAUGGACACCACAAGCAUGGAUCCCCACCAAAGAAUCCUGGCUGCGGCUGAUCGACAAAUCCGUUUCUCCAAGUUGAGCGACGAGCUUUUGGAUAAGGUCAAAGACGAAAUAUCAGCCUCUGCCUCUGCCACGCCGACCUAA